AUUUCCCUUUGCGCUGGCGCUCCCGCUCGGUGAAAUGAGCAUGAUGCGCAGACCCACCUUCUUAGAGUGUCUCCCGGUGUUGUUCCUGUGUCCUUGUUCCUCACAGUACUAGUACAGGCACACUCAGCACAAGAAUGCCCCUAGAUCUCUCGGAUCAAAAGCGCAACAAACACUUCUGAAUUUACAGAAAAAAUGGAUGUGAAUGUGAUCCGAACUACUUCGCACGACUUCCACGCGGAGAUCAACUAUGGUAGCGUAGGGCGACGAAUUUGUGGAUUGAUUAGCGAGCGGAUUAGCUGUUGCCAUUUUCUUCUUUUUUUUUCACAAAACCCAAUCCAGGCGGACACCACUUUUCCUUGA